AUGAGUUCCCAAGUUGAAUAUAUUCCUACACUCGAGUAUCCCGCAGGGAAGGAGUGUAGGUCGUUCUCGGCGCCGCGAGAGAUCGGGUCCAACACAUACUCGGAGUAUACCGAUAUCCUGGACACAGAUUUCGAUUCAGAUUCACAAUCAGAGUCAGGCGAAGAUUCAUCACACAGGAGUGUUCGUUCGUUUGGAAGUGCAAGUGUCACCACUGCGUCGACUCCAGACGACGUCAAGACGCCGUGUUCUACUGGCCUAACUGCCUUUCACUUCCAUAUCGACGAAAAUCCUGUUGCUGGCCCAACAGGGCCACACCUGUUCGGCCUCUCGGAUGGUAUGGAAAUCAAGUCGAGCGUUGAGGUUGAUUUGAUUUACGAAGACACACCUGGUAGUGCUACCACAACUUUGUAUCCAGCUGCAUCCAAGCUUGGCCCCUACAGGAGAGAUACCCCUGUCCCUUCUCGGUCCGAAAAGGUCAAUUCUCAGAACUACACUCCAGAUGUGAUACUCCACAGUGCCCCCACACAACCCGAUGAGGGUAAUGUCUCGAGCUGGACUCCGCAAGAUGUUGUUGAGUGGAUGCAAAAGCGAAAUGUGGCCCAAGAGAUCGUGGAAAAGUUUUUCAUCAAUGAUAUCUCAGGAUCCAUUCUCCUGGAACUGCAGCCAGAAGAUUUAAAAGAACUGGACAUCUCAUCUUUUGGGAAGCGACAUACAUUAAUGAACUCGAUCCGCGAGCUGCGCGAGAGGGUUUCUGUCUCAUACAAAGAGCUCCCACCCAUUCCACCACCGGAGCAUAUUUCAAGGGAGGCAACUCCACAGUCGGCAAUGGCUGAUGUCGGUGUCACUUGCACUUCCACCCCAGUGGCGUAUGAUGAAGAAUCUGCGCGCAAGGACAGAGAGUACCUAUUUCAACAACAGCAGAAACAUCGCCGUCGCCGCGGAGCACGGGUACUUGGACCCGAAGACUCUGUUUCAAUCGUCGGCAUCGAGCAAGUCUUGCCCAGACUUCACAGAUGUUCCAAGGGAGAGGAUUGCCGCAAAUGGUUAAAGCAGCACGCAAAAUUAUCUCGCAUGGUCAGGGACCUUCCGAUUGAAUCGUUGGGAAGUUCAAUGGUUAUUACAGGUGACCCAGGAAAUGCGGCCACUGCACGCAAUCUCGCAAAGCCAUCCAAGCUGGAGCCGAAAUCAGAUGUGACCCCGUCAAUUGUCGCCUCUUCUGAUGCUCUUGGUCCCGUCCAACCCAACAAUCUUCCUCUUUCCCAGGAUAAGCUCCACGAUGUGCAACCUAGAGAUGCCCAGGAGAAUGUCCGUAACUUUUUGAACUUCCAGCGUCUGAGCCGGCUGAGGCCAGUAAACGACCCUUCAACACCCCCGAGAGAUACAUUUCCUUCUCCUGGAUCUGACUCUCCUGGAACUCUGGCUGAGAACCUCCGAAGCCUUCCCAGGCUUCGUAUUCCAAGCAGCUAUGAUACAGUAGGAGGCUCUGCUCUUUCCCCACCCGCCCUUUCCGGACAACGAACCAUCACCCCUUCGGUUGUUCACAGGAAACGGCCAUUUCAAAGCCACAUCCCGGAAGUGUCUACUGUAUCACAAGACUCAGUCUUCUCUCCAUCCGACUACUAUCGCCAGGACCCCCACUAUGAACAGUCCACACCGUUCUCUGAGAUGGAUGUUCCUUUGACGGCCAUUCAACUCGGUCCAAUUGAGAGAAACAUCUCGCAAUCAGUCCCACCUGAUAUGCGAUUUGGUCAUUACCAAUACCCAACCACCGAUCCAAUCUACCGCCCAAGAUCCACCAAGCUUGACAAUCACAGAAAGAAGCCAUCUUUUGUCUCGAACAUUACCCCCGUUCUGACUCGUCUGGAUGAAGGCCGGAUGAUGGAGCCCAUUGAAACCCCAGAGGACUUGGAUCGCACUCCCCGCGCUGGCCAUUGCCGCCCCAAUCCUUUCAGUCCCACCGGCGAGCCUAAUACCGAUAUAAUCCAUGCUGGCUGGAUGAAGAAGCGAAAGAAUGCUCGCUUCCUACGCCAUGAGUGGCAAGACCAUCACUUUGCCCUCCGCGGCACCCAGCUCGCCAUGUAUACGAACGAGGAGGACUCGCAGCAGGUCGCCAAAGCCCUCGAGUACAUCGAUGUUGACGAUUACGCUGUGGCUUGCUCUUCCCUUGCUUCCAGCUCCAAGCUGACAGCCGCAUUUAAGAAGACUGUUCUAAAGCGCACAGACGACACUCGCGGAGACACUGCCUUUGCUUUCUCGUUGAUUCCAUCACCCAGCAGCUCUAACUAUGAGCGCAAAACUAUCUUCACCAAUGGCAGCAAAGCCCAUCAUUUUGCAGUCAAAACUCGCGAUGAGCGAAUUGACUGGAUGCGCGAGCUGAUGCUGGCCAAAGCCCUCCGAAGGGGUCGCGAAAGUGGUGCCUCUCUCAAUGUGAAUGGCGCCCCCUUCUAG